AUGCCUCCUCCCGUUGAAGAUAUGUCUGACGAGGAAUCUGGCGAUAUUCCUUUCAGAAAAGAGUCAGAGACAAAUGGAAAAGAUGACCAGGACCCCCCAGAAGACGAAGGAGACGAAGAGGAGGAUGAGGAGGAGGAGGAGGAGGGACUCUACAUCGUCGAGGAUAUUAUUAAACAUGACUGGCUUGAUGAUGGAACUCUUAAGCUUUGGGUGAAAUGGAAGGGCUACGAGAGGGUCCAAGAUCACACAUGGGAAGACGAGGAGGGUUUGAUGUACGUCGAUAUGCUCAUUGAGCUUCGAAAUCUGCUACGCGCAUUUAUUGACGAACAUCAUAGGGAUGGAGCCAGCGAGGUUGUCACAGCAUAUUACAAGAGGAUCGGUGGUCGCCCGAAGAAGGACGAAGAGAAGCCUGCGGCAGCAAAACCAGGCCGCAAGCGCAAAUCUAUGGGCGAACCGAAGCUUGCUAAGGAUUCACCGGCCCCCGCAGCGAGCGAAGUCAAGAGGCAACGCCGAAAGUCAGCACCCAAGGAGACGAAUAAGCAAGCUUCCCCCUCAUCCGAAGAAAAUGGCAUUCAAUGGCUUCCAAAGGGAAAGAACUGGGAUAAGGAUGUGAAAGAGGUAGACACAAUUGUCCGGGAGGGUGAUGCAGGUCUCAUGGCAUGGCUUGAGUUCAACAACGGACACAAGGCGAAACUGUCUGUCCAGGCCUGCUAUGAAAAGUGUCCACUGAAAAUGCUCAAGUUUUACGAAUCACACCUUGUCUUCAAGGAUAAUUGA